UUACCUGACAAGGCCACAGACUCAUUGUAUAGCAGUUGGAAAACGUUGAUACCCUUCCUUGUUGAACCACAUCUCAAAUAUUCUGCGCGAACGCUAGCGACAGCACUGGAGAUUACCCCCGAGGUCAUCUCUGCAUGCGCCACAUGUUUGUGCCCUCAAAAGCGAACAACAAUUGCGUGUUUAUUUUUC